AUGCGUUCCAUUUCAUUCAUACUAUUUUCUGUGUUCGCAGGCCUCGCAGCCGGCCAACUGAUUGGCCCAGUUGGUCCGACAACCCAUCUCGAAGACAAGGAUAUUGAGUGCAAUAUUUUGGACUAUGGUGGCGUUGCCGAUAAUGAAACCGAUGUCGCAACUUCCAUAGAGACCACGUUCACCGAAUGUGUGCUAAACAACCCCAAAAGUCGUCUUGUUAUCCCCGAGGGCGACUAUUUGAUCAAGCGCAGUGUUGUUUUGAGUAAUGGAACCAAUUGGGCUUUCCAGCUUGACGGUCUGAUCACCGCGGCAUAUGGUGGAAAUUGGACAGUCGACCGUGAGUUGAUACUCCAAGGGUUUGCGGGAGAGCAAAUAAUAAACUCUACCAUCAACGGCGAGGGUGACGGAAAAUUCUUACUAGAUGUGCUCGUCAUUGUGAACGCUGUCGAUUUCGAAUUCUAUUCGUCCAACGGGCUUGGCGCAUUUCAAGGCCAAGGAUAUAUCUAUCGAAAUCUGGCAAACACCGACCGCCCUCGACUUGUGAGAUUAAUCUCGCCCACAAAUGCUUCUGUGCAUGAUUUGAUCCUUGUGGAUAGCCCCAAGUUUCACAUCGUGUUUGAUUUUGCUGUGAACCUGGAGGCGUACCACCUUACUAUCCGCGGUGCUAACCUAGGAAGCUAUGAUGGCAUUGACGCCAUCGGCACCAACUAUUACAUCCACGAUAACGAGGUCACGAAUCGUGAUGAGUGUGUCUCCGUGAAAAGCCCGUCCCAUCAUGCCUUAGUCGAGAACCUGGUUUGCAAUCAAGCAGGAUCUGGUGUUUCAAUUGGCAGUCUCAACGUAUCUGCGGAAAUAUCUAACAUCGAAGCUCGCAAUAUCAGCAUUAUCCAGGGCAACAAUAUCGCCUUCAUCAAGACGUAUCCUGGAGGGUCUGGUUACGUCAAAGACGUCACAUUUGAAAAUUUCCGCUCUUUGAACAGCCUGUACGGGUUGGACAUCAACCAAUACUGGCAAAACACAUGGGAGCCUGAUACCGGUUCCGUGACAUUGAGCAACCUUGUCUUCAAGAACUUCUCAGGAUCGGUUGCCGAUGGAGCACUCCGCCCGCCAUUGUAUCUGUUUGCAAGUGACUUGACAUUUGCAACGAACGUCACCGUGGAGGAAUUCUCUGUCUGGACUGAGACUGGUACAACAGUCGUCAACAAGAUCAGCAAUAUCUUCGGCACUGGGGAUGACAGCUAUGGAGAGAAUGAUGGCAUUGAGAGCCUCCAAUCUGGAGAGUCGCCGUAUACGUACACUAGCACCUAUACUAUUACGGCUUCUCCCACCAAUUGGCAAGCUCCAUUAACCCCAACCUGGGCUUUACCGAGCACUGGAUAUGGAACUGCGUCGCCUAUUCCAGUCUAUACUCCCGCACCUCUUUGGCGCCCUGGUGGAAUUGACUAUAACCUCCAUUAUUGGGGAAGCUUUUAG